AUGUUCAAUCGGUUACAGGCAGGCAAGUGGUCAACACCGAUCUGCAAUUUCUUGUUUGUCUUCUCGCGAUCUUCGCCCUUACUCGUUUUCAAACAACAAUUCCACGGUACAGCAGCAGCAUGCGCAAAGAAACAUCCCAAGCAGAUCAAAAAGGAAAACUUGGCGAAACGCGCUGCUAAAAUAGCCGAGUUCGAACGCACAAAACCCUCGCCCAUUGUCUCGCAAAACACGCCAUUCUUUGGUGUUCUCCAUACACCCGCCAGCGCAUAUGGCUCGACGAGCGACAGUCAACAUUUCCUUUCACAGGACGAUCGACAAUUCUUGUUCGAACAGACGCCACGGGAUUUCGUAGAAAAGAGCCACUUGGGAGCUGUGGAAGGUGUAGAAGAGGCAUUGAAGCAUGAAGAAAGCAAGGUGGCUGCUUUGGAGAAAAUUGUCGGUCUCCAGAACGGUAACGCUAAGGCAGUUCAGUUAUGGAAUAUCCAACGAACGAUUGACUGGUUCAAACAGAAAGAGGGUGAUACCGGAAGCCCUGAAGUACAAGCUGCCAUCCUAACCGUCCGCAUACACAACCUCUACUCGCAUCUGCAGCAGCACCGCAAGGAUAAGCACAACUACAAGCAACUGCGAACAAUGGUGCACAAGCGAGCAAAGAUCUUGAAAUACUUGAAGGCCAAGAGUCUGGAUAGAUACAACACCUGUUUGAGCGAGCUGGGCUUACAAUCACGGGCUGUGGAAGGCGAAAUCACCCUGUAA